GAAGAAGCGGCAGCAGGAAAAUGCUGGGACAGAAGAGAUGAGUACUCCUUUUACUAAGGCCUAAAACUGCCUGUUGAAAAACAAUCCUGACCAGGCAAUAUACGAAUGGCCCAAGGAAGCCAGCAAAUUGAUAUUCAGGUUUUACAUGACCUGCGACAGAAGUUUCCUGAGGUACCUGAAGGCGUUGUAUCCAGAUGCAUGUUACAGAAUAACAAUAAUUUGGAUGCCUGUUGUGCAGUUCUCUCUCAGGAGAGCACAAAGUAUCUCUACGGUGAAGGAGACCUGAGUUUUUCGGAUGAUUCUGGGAUUCCUGGACUACGAAAUCACAUGACAUCUCUUAAUUUGGAUUUGCAGUCACAGAACGUCUAUCACCAUGGAAGAGAAGGAAGUAGAAUGAAUGGAAGUAGGACUUUAGCUCACAGUGUUAGUGAUGGACACCUCCAAAGCAGUCAGUCCAACAAUGAACUGUUUCAGCAGGAACCACAGACAGCACCUGUGCAGGUUCCACAAGGAUUUAAUGUCUUUGGGAUGGCUAAUACAGUUAGUGCUUCUAAUCCAGGGCAGCAUCUUGGAUUUCACCUAGGCAGCAAAGGAGUAUCUAACUUGUCUCAACAAACACCCAGAUUCAACCCCAUUAUGGUAACUUUAGCCCCAAACAUCCAGCCUGGUCGCAAUACCCCAACGUCUUUGCACAUACAUGGUGUACCUCCUCCUGUACUUAACAGUCCCCAGGGAAAUUCUAUCUAUAUUAGGCCUUACAUCACAGCUCCUAGUGGUACCACUCGACAGACACAGCAGCAGCCAGGCUGGGCAUCUCAGUUUAAUCCUAUGCACCCUCAGCAAGUCUACCAGCCUUCGCAGCCAAGUCCCUGGACUACUAUUCCUACAUCCAGUACUACGCCACAUACCUCAUCGCAACACUCAACACAGCCAAACCAGCAAGGCCACCAGACUUCUCAUGUGUACAUGCCUAUCAGUUCUCCUACUACUCCACAAGCACCUAUGAUUCAUUCAUCUGGUAGCUCACAGUCUUCUGCUCAUAGCCAAUACAACAUUCAGAAUAUAUCCACAGGACCUCGCAAAAAUCAAAUUGAAAUCAAACUUGAACCACCACAAAGAAAUAGUUCUUCUAAAUUGCGUUCAACUGGCCCUCGCACCUCCACUGUUCCCUCUUCCCUCAACAGCCAGACAUUAAGUAGAAGUCAACCCACUGUUUACAUAUCGGCCAGUCCUCCAAAUACUGAUGAAGUGAUCACACGUGGUCAGCCCAAGGUCUACAUUUCAGCAAAUGCCACGACAGGAGAUGAUCAACUUGUGCGGAACCAGCCCACGCUUUUCAUAUCAACAAAUCCUGGAGUAUCUACUACUGCUAGGAAUAUGUCUGGUCAAGUAAGCAUGGGUCCUGCAUUUAUUCAUCACCAUCCACCCAAGAGUCGAGCAGUGGGCAACAGCACCACUGCAACCUCUCCUCGAGUGGUUGUUACGCAGCCUAACACAAAAUAUACUUUUAAAAUUACAGUUUCUCCAAAUAAGCCCCCUGCAGUUUCCCCAGGGGUAGUGUCCCCAACUUUUGAACCUACAAACCUUCUAAACCUUCCUGAUCACUAUGUUGAACCAGAGGGUAUCCAGCAUCUUACUGACCCUGUUUUAGCACAUGUGGAUAGGAUCAGUGAUGCACGGAAAUUGAGUAUGGGAUCUGAUGAUGCUGCCUACACACAAGCUUUACUGGUACACCAGAAGGCCAGAAUGGAGCGACUUCAACGAGAACUUGAGGUUCAAAAGAAAAAGUUGGAUAAACUAAAAUCAGAGGUCAAUGAAAUGGAGAAUAAUCUAACACGAAGGCGCCUGAAAAGAUCGAAUUCUGUUUCCCAAAUUCCAUCACUGGAAGAAAAUGCAGCAGUUAGAAGUUGUAACAGACAGCUGCAGAUAGACAUAGAUUGCCUAACCAAAGAGAUUGAUCUUUUUCAAGCAAGAGGUACAGUAUGUCUUAGUGCAUCAACUCCUGAAGAGAGAUUCAUUGGGGAAGUACAUACAGUGCCAAAAUCAACAGCAGCAGCAUCAUACAGCUUCGUUCAAGGACUUUAA